GGCGAGCAGAGCAUUGAUACGGCAGCGAUGGCGGCGCGCAAGUUGGACGGCAAGACGGCGGUGGGCUCCUGGCAGGGCGAGAACAUCCUGUCCAUCGCCCAGUUCGGCAAGCAGAGCGCGCAGCGCGUGCUCGAUGUGGCCGACGAGAUGAAGAACAUGGUCAAGACGCAGGGCGCGAGCGACCUGCUCAAGGGCAAGCUGCUGGCCAACGUGUUCAUGGAGCCGUCCACGCGCACGAGCAGCUCAUUCCAGGCGGCCAUGAAGCGUCUCGGCGGCCUCGUGGUGUGCGUCAACGAGACGUCGUCCAGCAGCCAGAAGGGCGAGACGCUCCACGACACCAUCCGCUGCCUCGAGUGCUACGCCGACGUGGUGGUGCUUCGCCACCCCAUCAAGGGCAGCGCGCUGGUGGCCGCUGAGGCGACCAAAAAGCCCGUGCUAAAUGCCGGCGACGGCGUCGGCGAGCACCCGUCCCAGGCGAUGCUGGAUCUGUACACGAUCCACAGCGAGCUCGGCGACCUUGAGAACCUCAAGGGCAAGGUCGUCACUAUGGUCGGCGACCUCAAGUACGGCCGUACGGUGCAUUCGCUGUCCAGGCUGCUGGCCAUGUACGGCACCACCUUCAACUACGUGUCCCCUGAGAGCUUGAAGAUGCCGCGCUACGUGUUCGACGAGCUGGCCGCGCAAGGUAUCCAGCAGAACGAGACGACCGACCUCGACUCGGUGAUUAACCAGACGGACGUGCUCUACGUCACCCGCGUGCAAAAGGAGCGCUUUGAGUCCGAGGCGGACUACAACGCCGUGAAGGACAGCUUCCGCAUCACGCUGGACACGAUCAAGGACGCCAAGUCGAAGAUGAUCAUCAUGCACCCGCUCCCGCGCGUUGGCGAGGUCGCCGAAGAGGUUGACACGGAUCCGCGCGCUGCCUACUUCCGCCAGAUGGAGAACGGCAUGUACGUACGCAUGGCACUGCUCGCUUUGGUGCUGGGCAAGGCAUAAAACCUCUCAAGGUGUUGGUAGAUGACCGGUAGAAGCGGGUGCACGCCGGUAGAUCACUUCCUCUUUCGAUUGUGCAUGGAACGAAACCCCCUCUUUACAUUUAACUUGGCGGCGUGGCUGAUCCACCGCAGCACAGCGCGUUUGUACACUCAGCAGCAUUUGCACAGCGAUACUCCACUGUAGCGUCGUAGGCCUGGACGUUCAACCGUGAGCCCAAAAAGGACGCGAGCUCUCUCACAAAGUGCUCUGCGUCCUCAUACAGAAACGGCGCCAGCGCUUGCUGCAUUUCGUCGUAGCAUUUCCUGGCCCCACAUUGCGCGAUCUUGUUGAGGCAGCACUGGAUGAUCGCCAGCAGCACGGUGAGGUCAAUAUCCCGGCCGAUACACGCCCGCAGCUCUCUCUGGAGCCAGGCCUCGUACUCGCCCUUGACCUUGUGCAUCUUGGGGAACGAGUGCGAGUCCUUCACCUCCACGCCCGCCACUCGGACGAGUCUCAUGUGGCGUCGAUACACCAGCGAGCGGCGUCUGAGUCUCUGGCGGUUGCUGUCAUUCUCUUCUCUCCGCCUGUUCCUGCUCUGCUGGUCCUGGAUCUGCCGCCCCUGGAAGCG